ACAAUGAAGACCUCCACCGCUGUUGUGUUUGCGUUCUCGUGUAAUUGGCUGCUACAAGUGAUACAAGUCUGUUCGUCUACGCGUCUGGAUGGUGUUUACCAGGGCUUACACGAUGCGAUGACGAUAGACGAGCUGAACUAUUAUUUUGGAGUUUCCGAUCCGGCAGAUGCACCAGAGUACGAGGUGGUCACGUUGUUCGAUCCCGCGGACCGACCGGAUUGCACGUUUUUUGCAUUUGGCAGAUCGGUGAAUUUGUUCUUGGAACCCAAUGACCGUUUGAUCAGUGACAAUUUCGUGUGGAAAAUACGAGACGAUUCGGAGUCGGUGAUAUACCAGGAAAAAUCGCCGAGACGAUGUCAUUACAUGCACCGGAUAAGUCGCACUGGCGACGCAGGCGUGACUGCAGCGUUUACUUACUGUCCGGGUAGCUCCAAGAACGGUAUUGUCUUCUUACCGGACGUCACGUACGAACUACAGUCCAUAAGUGCUGGGCUGUGUCGAUCCCGGUGCGACGGCGAUGGUGAAAACGCGUUCAUUUUGAAACGAGCGCCGACGAUCAAUCACACGUGGACCGACGGAUUCGACGUAUUGCGAAGACCCGGCGAAAACUAUGCUUUCAUGUCACCAGACCUUUUCGUGGAAGACACGAAAUACGACGAGGAUGGAAUGGCAGCAGUGGUGGCAGCGGAAACGGCAAUACCCGUAUUGGAGACGGCGCUCUAUUUUGACGAACCUGCGUAUAAAACAUUUUCGGAGUACUUUAAACACGACGACGAACACCUCGCCGACAUGAUUCUCGCCUACGUCAAUGCUGUUCAAGUACUGUACCACCAUCCGAGCUUGGGAAAAAAAAUUGAAAUCGUCUUGGUGAAAUUGGAAAUGUUCAAAACACAACCUACUGACUUGCCACAUUACGGUGGUGAGAGGAGUUUAUUGUUGGAUUCAUUUUGUGCGUUCAACAAGAAAUAUAGAAAACAAGAACAAUGGGAUAUCGGACUCUAUAUUUCGGGUUUAGACUUUUAUUCAAUGGAAAAUGGACAAUGGAGUGGCUCCACCAUGGGUCUGGCUACCGUGGGCGGUAUCUGUUCGGAGAAAUAUUCGUGUAUUAUUGCCGAGUUUGGUUCUACAGAUGCUCUUGGAAAACCGUACCCGUCGGCAGGAUUUACUUCCGUAUACAUAUUGGCACACGAAAUAGGACACAGUUUAGGUAUGCAUCACGAUGGCAAUACGAACGAUUGCCCAAAAGAAGGAUUUAUCAUGUCACCGUCAAGAGGGAUAACCGGAGAAUUGUUAUGGUCAGAAUGCAGUGCACGUGUUGCUGCAAACAUCAACAAUUUUGAAUGUCUCUUCAAGCAGUCCAGUAGUCGACAAUCAACCAAGGUCCAAAAGUUGAAUCACAACAAAUUCGCUGACAAGCCUGGCCAAGCGUGGGACGCAAAAAAGCAAUGCGAACUGUUGUUAUUGGACAACGACGCUCGAGUAAUGAACACCGAAACGAAUUUGGACUCCUCGCGACAGCAGCCAGAAGAUAUAUGUGAAAAUUUACAAUGUGAAACGCCAAAUCGACCUGGGUAUUAUUUUGCAGGGCCAGCGUUAGAAGGAACCACGUGCGGACCCAGCUCGUGGUGCGAAGCGGGAAAAUGCGUUAAAGGCAAACCAAAAAAACCCAAAAAGAUCAUAAAAGGUGGAUGGGGUCAGUGGAAGGUGCACGAAUGUACGUCAGGGUGUAUACAUAAGUCAAAAGGUUUUAGGUCUAGGACAAGGACGUGCAACAAUCCGAAACCGAUAAACACGAACGAGGGAUGCGAGGGACCCAAACAAGAAGCCGUUCUCUGUAAAGACGACAAGACGUGCCAGAAGUCAAAAAAAAUUACUGCCGCGGAAUACGCGACAGCCAAGUGCAAGGAAUUAGCUUCAAUACUGCCGGUGUUGGAUAAGGAGUAUUCAGGUUUGCAAGCGCCUCACGAAGAUGCCCGCUCGUGGAUGGGAUGUUCAGUGUUUUGUCGGCGCAAAGAUACCGGGUCAUUCUACACGCCCAGGUUAGACGUGUCAAACUUACCUGUCGAUCCGUACUUCCCUGACGGAACUUGGUGCCACUCCGUGGACAAUAAUAACUAUUACUGUCUGAAUCACGUUUGCACGCCUGAGUACGAUUUGAAACGGUCGGGUAAGAGCUCAGCCGAUACGGGCGGUGACUUUCCAAUGAUCAGCCAGAACGCUCGGCCGCCGGGGCCGUACGUCGUACCGGAAGUCCUGUUGCGUUACUUGAGCGUGGGCGCCGACGGUACGCCUUUGCUGACCACUAUCACGCCAGACAUGGUCGACCGAACAGAUUACGGCGACUGGUCGAACGACGAUUACGUGGACAUGCCUGACAGACCUUUGGAGCAGCGAAUACAGUAUGCCAUUAACAUGCGAUGAGACUCAUGACUAUAUUAUCAUCUUAGACGUUCAGUUUCAAAGGCAUAUAAUACCAAUCACCCAUACACGCAGUACAAUAAUAAUAAUAAUAAUUUAUUCAUAUAGGUAGAUUGACGUUAUCGAAAAUCUCGUCCAAAACUGUAAUAGAGAUCCGUACAAUAUGUACUAACCGAUUACAUAAUUAUUGCUUAUAAUUACAUAAUACACCUACCUACUAAGAUUUCAUUUCCGUCUACUUUUGCGGUUUUAAAAAACUACUUCGAUGAAAAAUAUAUUUUAUUUCGUAUAUAAUAUUAACGAAAGUAUUAAAGUAUUAAACAAUUUUCAAAUCGUUUUUCAAAAUCACACAAUUUUUCUGAGAAAAAUCAGAAAAAAUGCGAAGAAACGUAUCACUGUAUGUGGACAUAUUACUUAGUUCUUUAGUUAGAGUUAGUAUGAUUUCAUUCGAUCAAUAUUUUUUAUGUCAUGUAAAGUUACGCAUAUAUUUAUGUGUCAUAUAUAUGGUUUUAUGUAGAUAAUUUUUAAUUCAGUGUAACGUAACGUUACAAAGUUUCGUAUGUAUAUUGUAUACUAUAUAGAAACUAUAUUUUGAAAAAAUAUAGUAUCUAUAUCGGUGCCUUUUUGAUGGGGCGACUGGGAACAAGGAUUUUACAUUUUAUUUUAUUUUAGUAAAAAUAUUUUUGUAUUUUUAGAUAUUUUAUUUAUGUUUAUUGUAAGCGAUGACGAUGAUAUACCUGUCUAAUUAUAAUAAUAUAUUGUCUUUUGUUUCAAUAUUUAUUCUGUACCUAUUUUUUAUGUAUUAUUAUUAUUAUUAUUAUUAUCAAGUGCGGCAUCACUGUGCAGCGACUAAUGAA